UUAAAAAAAAAAUGACUAGUAAAAAGCAUUAUACCGAAGUGGAUAAAAAAACAUUUUUGGGAAUAUUAAAAAAAUUCUCGCACAUUAUAGAAAACAAAAAGAGCGAUAGCUCUACAUUGAAAAAUAAAGAAGAUGCAUGGAAGGAAAUCACGGAGCAAUAUAACAUAUCCACUGUGAUUUCAUCUAAGAGGAAUGUUACCCAACUUAAAAAGAUGUGGAGCAAUAUGAAAUACCCUCGACAGAGCGCUAUUAUGAAGAAUGAGGAGGAAUUAUUUAAUUUGAGACUACGGCAUGAGGAACUAAAAAACAAAUUAGAAAUAGAAUUUCUAAGAGCCAAAUAUGCUUUAGAACUCCGUGCUGCAGCCGCAGCAGCAGAAAAAGCGGAAUUACAAUUAAAACAACAACAGGAAGUUUCCUUUCCUCAUAAUCCAUCUUUGGAGCGGCAGGAAUGAUUGGCCUUCGUUGCUGCGGUGUACCAUCCACGAUCUCAUCAAUUUCAUCCAUUUUGCAUUCUGGGGAAUGAUUAUUAAUGAUCUUCUUCAUGACUCUUAUCAUUAAUUGCAGUCGUAAUAUAAUUAAUUUCCUCAGUGGUGUUUAUACUCGGAUGAUUGUCAUCAUCCACUUCGAUCAUAUGGUCAAAGAUAUAUUCGUCAUGGAAUGUGGCAUCUCGUUUGUUCGCCAAAUCUUCCUCUGCAAAAUUAGAUGAGAAAACACUCGGCGCAGUUUUCAUUAACGUUGGUAACGUGGUAAAUCAAUACCUCUGUUUCCCUGUCUAAGAUUAUUGAAUAACCAGCAAUUUUCAAUGUGAUUGUCUGGAUCCCUUGUAAAUUUUAUAUGCAGGAAACUGUUGGUUGUGGAACAUUCAUAGUAUUUCCCAGAAUAAGUUACAAUUACAAUAAAUGGUAUUUAUUUUUCUCUAUUUA